GUAUUUGAUUCAUGUUUGAGAUUGCAUGAUUAUUGUUGAUGAUGUGUGAUUUUGUUUGAGCUAUGUUUGAUGUGAAGGUGGUUGAGUUAUUAUUUUAAUUGAAAGCUUUACGAGUAUAAGUUAUUGUUAAAGAGUAAGAAACAAGUUCUUUUUAAGAAGUAACUCACCUUCAAGAAGGUGAAGUCAUUUUAAGUGUUUUAGUCACUAGCGCCAGUCCGUUGCCUUUUGAGACAGUUUGAGAUGGGCAGCAGUUAUGCCCUUGAGAAUCGUGGUGAAGAGCCACCACGAUAAGUUUAAGAUGUUAGGGGGAUGAAUCGUUACGACUUCCCUAACUAAGUUUAAGUUUAAGGAAAGCCUAGGUGGCUUCUCAUACGUAUGAGUUGGCAACCGGACUAGCUAGUGAGGGAUCCCUGUGUCAGUCAAGUAUUUUAAGUCAAGCUUUGAGAUUUAAGAGUGGAGUAACAGUGACUCCCUUACAGUUUUAAGAGUUAAGCUUUUUAAUAGUGGAAGUACAAAACAACUUCCACUCAGUUAAGUAAAGUGAUCAAGUAUUAAUAAGAGGUUUAAACGUAAGGGCGUAGACUGACCCCAUCUCACUCACCAGUUUGAAGAGCUAGAGGAAGAGCUAGAGGAGCAUUUACUGAGCAGCGCUUUCGAGGGCAGCCAGCUAAAGGGGAGAAGUAUAAGCAUCACGGAGGAUGCUUAGUCAAGGUUUGCAGUAGCAACAGCUUCAGAGUUUAUUAGUUAAUUACAUUUAUGAUUAUGAGUACAGACUGGAGAUUAUUUUGAGAUCAUAUUGAGAUUUUAAAGUUUGAGUUUAUUUUGCCCACGUGUUAGGGCUUUGCUCUGAGCUACAAGUGUGUGUGUUUUCAGUAUUUUAUUUAUCAAGGGCAUUUUAGUAAAAGUAGUACCCGGCCGGGUUAGGGUGUGUCACUUUGCCCCUAAACAAGGGCGAAAUUUGUAGUGAUUCUUGAUUAUUCAUUUAAUUAUUCUUAAUUAUUUACAUCGAACGGGAAACCACGUAAAUCGCUAUGUCCAAUUUCUUUUCCCUUUCCGCAUUAUCGUAUUUUACAUGGUAUUAGAACUGGUUAAUUAGACCUAGCUAUCAUCAUCAUGAGUUCGGGCGACGAGAAGGAACAACCCUCGAAGCUCAAGUCUGGCGGCGCUGGCGGCUCCAUGAAUCCGCCCACUUUGCCGCCGCAUCUCAUACUCCAUUACUCUGACAGCCCAAACAGUCAGUUUGUGGGGGAGCUACUCAACGACGUAAACUAUAGUGAAUGGGUCGUCGACAUCACUGAUUCGCUUAUUGCGAAAAACAAGCUUUGCUUCGUGGAUGGAACCCUACCGCCUCCACAAGGAUCAGCCGAGACAGAGGCUUUACGCCAGUGCAACACCAUGGUCAAGGGCUGGUUAAAAAGUUAUAUGACCAAAGAGGUACGUGGCAAUGUACGUUUUGCGACAACUGCGCGGGAGAUAUGGGUGGAUUUACAGUCCCACUUCGGCCACGACAGUGCACCACGCAUCUACGAGCUCAAAAGCACCAUCAUUAGCCUGCAGCAAGAAAAGUCUUCUGUUCAUGGUAAAGGAAACCGUACCGGACAUCAUACCGGAUUCCUUUCUGGUAUGGUAUUUUGUGGUACGACCGUGGUUCAACCGUUUUGUACCGGUAAAUACCGUUUUUCACUAUUGAUAGAGAAAUGAAAUGCGAUAGUAUAAAAAAUAUAAUCCAUCAAAAAAAGAACCAAAUAGAGCAUUAUACAACCACGGUGACCCAUUUUCAACAUAGAAAAAUAGCAAAAUAAUAUUUUUUUUUAAUUAUUUUCCACAUAUUGGACGAGAAUACGGAGAAAUGAAGCUGAAUCAUAGACAGGAAACCGGAUCAUACCGGCCGGUUCAACCGGUCAACCCGAAAAAACCGGUCGGCACGGUAAAAUCAGCACAAUCAGCCCACCGUACCGCUUUUGGUCCAAUUUCCGGUUGAACCGGCCGGUACGAUCCGGUUUCCAGGUCUAUGCUACUGUUUCCUCAUUUUACACAAAAUUACGCUGCUAUUGGGACAAAAUCCAGUCGCUAACUCCCUCGUUGGAGUGUACGUGUGCCUACUGCAGUUGCGAUGUAAAGAAACGGCAGCGCGAGGU